UGUUGCUAUGCUUGAGUCACUGCAAUACACCAACUUGUCUUGCAUCCAUCUUGGUGAGCGAGAGACCUAGACUAAUCGAUAGGUCAAGAAGAUCGAGUUUAUGCAUCUAAGGAGCAAGAGAACCAUGGAAGAGCAGCAACAACAGGAGAUGAAUACUGCUAGCAUUGGCGGAGGCCUCACCCUACCUCCAGGGUUCCGCUUCCACCCAAGUGACAAUGAGAUUGUCAGCAUCUACCUCAUGAACAAGGUGCAUAAUAGGGGUUUCACCAGCACAAUCAUUGCAGAGGUCGACCUAAACAAGACAGAGCCAUGGGACCUUCCACAGGAGGCAAAAAUAGGCGAGAAAGAGUGGUACUUCUUCUACCAGAAGGACCGAAAGUACCCAUCAGGCCUAAGGGCAAACAGGGCCACAAAGGGCGGUUACUGGAAAGCAACCGGCAGGGACAAGGAGGUCGACAAUACCACACAAGGGGUGGUGUUGCUCAUUGGCAUGAAGAAGACACUUGUCUUCUACAGGGGCAAGGCUCCCAAGGGUGACAAAACAAACUGGGUGAUGCACGAGUACAGGCUCGAAGGGAGCAGUAGGCUCCCCGACCCGGCAUCUGCAUCUAGCUCGGCCUCAAACGUCUUGGCCAUGAAAGCUUCAGCUUCCAAGGAUGAGUGGGUGGUCUGUCGUGUGUUUGACAAGACCACUAGUAUCAAGAAGAUGACUACACCAGUGUACAAGGUGGCCAUGGCUAGCGCUGAGAUUGGUCAGAAUCAGAACAACACCCCGGCCAUCCCCAUCCCCAUGCCCCUACAGCAGCCGCUACCCGUGCCCAUGCCGAUGGAAUCUCCCAUCCUACGAGACUUCGCCACAUGCCCAGUGGCACCCUAUUUUCCCAACACUGGUGCGGACAUGCCACCCAUGAUGUCGUCUAUGGAAGGUAUCGAUGGCACCAGCAGCCUCCAAAUCAAUGACACCCUAUUUGGCAAUUCGAUAGCAACGCCGCCGCAGAUGGACUUGUACCACCAUAUGGGCAUGGGGGUUGCAGCUGUCCAUAUGGGCAUUGGGGUAGCUGGCCAGAUGGAUAUGGCAGCAACUGGCACUGAUGGCUUUGAUCUUGCUACGCCUAUGCCGCCCUCGAUGGCAUCACAGAAGGACGAGCAGGCUAAUGUCGCUAAGAUGUGGUCGAUGAUGUCUGUUGCUGGCCCAGGGUCUGUGAACCCCAGCACUGAGAGGGAUGACAUAUGGAAGUACUAAAGCAGUGAACAUGAUAUGGACAUUUGCAUAAAUAUGCAUGUUAUAUCUAUAUCUGCAUUGCAUUUUAUGAAAUAAUGCAUGGCUUGUAUAUUUCAAUAAUAACUAUGUAUGGGUGCAUGUACUAGUAUAUGCACUAUCAUUGAAC